GUGCGCCUCGUGUUGUGGACGAUGUUGUUGUUGUUGCGAAAAUCCAUGUUGUUGUGAAAAUCCAGUGAAAUUCUUCAAUUCUUGAACCAUUUCCUGCGCGAUAAGAACAAAAUCAAGUCGUUUGCAACCUCCGCCGUCGUUACCAACGCUGCGGCAGUGCGAUUCUUUAUCAAAGUGGAGUUUAAUCACAUGUUUUGUAAAAGUUCUUAGCAUUUUUGGACUAGUGCGCGAUAAGAACAAACUCCCCUCGCGUGGUGGAGCGAAGCCCCUGAGGGCAUCAGUUUAGUGCCAAACAUUCGUGGCCGCGAUACGGAAUCCGCAAAAAUCGCUGACCGCGAGUAAUCGAAGGUGAAAAUUAGAAUUCUUGCGAAAAAAGUAUCUGUAUAACCAAAAACCAAAUAAUUAAAAAUGGAAGUGGAGAAAGAGAAAGAAAACAUCUAUUUGUUCGUCCCCAACAUCAUCGGUUACGCGCGAAUAGUGCUGGCCAUCGUUUCCUUUUAUUAUAUGCCAACAAACUAUGUGGUGGCCAGCUGGUGCUACAUCAUCAGCGUUCUGCUGGAUGCCCUCGACGGCCACGCAGCUCGCCAUUUCAAUCAAUCUACAAAGUUCGGAGCAAUGCUGGACCAGCUGACGGACCGCUGCGGAACGUGCGGGCUGCUCGUUACACUAAGCUACUUCUACCCGAAGUAUAUGUUCUGGUUCCAGAUGUCGAUGGCAAUCGAUGUGGCAUGCCAUUGGUUCUACUUGCAUACGACGGUCCUUCAAGGCAAGACGUCGCACAAGUUCAUCGACAUGUCUGGCAAUCCAAUUAUGCGUGUUUACUACACGAACCGCACAGUGCUCGGCUUCAUGUGUCUGUUCAAUGAACUCUUCUAUGCGGCCUUGUACUUGCUGCACUUCACGCCCGGUCCGUUGAUAGCCGGUUUUUCCACGUUCAAGCUGCUGGCGAUUGUUUCGUUCCCGGUAGCCGUUGUUAAAACCGGCAUUUCCGUCAUACACGGUUUCGUCGCCAGCUGUAACAUCGGAGUGAUCGAUGUUGCGGAACGAGAGGCUCAACGUGAACGGGAAUCCAAGAAGAAGCCGCAGUAACUCUGUCACUAAACGGUAAACUGCGUGAACCGAACGGAACGAAGCGUUCUUCUUGGUGGCUGGAGACGGUCGAUCGACGGAUGCUUGCUUACUCUCCUGCUUCGAGCUACGUGCAGAUAGCAACAAUCUUAUAUCUGGACCUGUAUUUCGCUGUUCGAAAUCUGAACCAUGCCAAAGUAAAACCGUUGUAGGUGUUUAAUCGUGUAUUUAAGUGUUGUAAUCCAACCCCGGCGCACCGAGAACGAGUUCCGCGGCUUGAAAUGGAAGAACGCCACGUAAUGCAGGAAGUGAAAGAACAGCCGAUGUGACAAGGCAAUUAAACGGCACAUUCCUGUGAACUUUGCAUCAUUAGGAUUGAAUUGUAGGCGCAUGAGUGGUUGUAGAGCGUAUAGCACUAUCUGUUAGUGAACCAUGCAAAGUAAGCAAUCCCGCUCUUAGUGCGGUGUGUAGGUCAAUCACCUUGAUUACAACGUAUCCUCUAAGAGUACAAUGCCUUGUGGCUUAUGUCGUCGUUCGACGGGUAUCAAAAAUCCGAACUACAGUAUAUCACUUCCAUGAAACCGCAGAUAGUGGUGGUGGUGUUGGUUUUCAAUUAAAAGUAAAUUAUUGAAGCAUUCAAAAGCAAAACACAAAAUUGAAUCAAUGUAACUGAAGAUGUACUUCUGUGUUGUCCAACCCAGUGUCUAAUAAAUGUAUAAUCUACCAAAGAAAU